UGCGACAUCGGAUGACGUUGCGCCCGAGGAGGAGUUCCUGUUAAUCCAAACAUCGACGAAAUAUCAUCCAUAGCUAUUUAUCGACAACAAAUUCUUAAUACCUCGUCGCGUAAAUUAAGAGCAUGGCUGCUCAGAAGAUAAAUGAAGCUCACGAGCACAUAGCUAAAGCUGAGAAAUGCUUAAAGACAGGUCUGACAAAGUGGAAGCCUGAUUUUGACAGUGCUGCGUCAGAAUACGCCAAAGCAGCUGUGUGCUUCAAGAAUGCGAAGCAAUAUGACCAAGCAAAGGAUGCUUACCUGAAAGAAGCUGAAUACCACACAGAAAACAAGGCGCUUUUUCAUGCUGCAAAGGCUAUUGAACAGGCAGGUAUGAUGAUGAAGGAACAAAAGAAGAUGCCAGAGGCCAUCCAGUACAUAGAGAAAGCUUGUAUGAUGUACAUGGAGAAUGGGACUCCUGAUACUGCUGCCAUGGCUCUGGACCGGGCUGGAAAACUGAUAGAGCCUAUAAACCUAGAGAAAGCUGUGGACCUAUAUCAGAAGGCAGCUGGCGUGUUUGAGAAUGAGGACCGCCUGCGUCAGGCAGUUGAACUGCUGGGAAAAGCCUCCAGACUUCUGGUCAGGUUAAGAAGGUUGGAUGAAGCAUCAGUCGCUCUGCAGAAAGAGAAGAACAUGUACAAAGAGAUUGAGAACUUCCCAAUGUGCUUCAAGAAAACAACUGCUCAAGUGCUGAUUCAUCUUCACAGAGGCGACUACGUAGCAGCUGAUAAAUGCGUCAGAGAAAGUUACAGUCUGCCCGGGUACAGUGGAAGCGAAGAUUGCGUUGCCAUGGAGACACUACUGCAGGGCUACGACGAGCAGGACGAGGACCAGGUCUACCGUGUGUGCAACUCACCUUUACUGAAGUACAUGGACAAUGACUACGCCAAGCUGGCCAUUUCUCUGCGGGUACCUGGAGGAGGGGGAAAGAAGAAGAAGGCUGCAGCUGCUCCACAAGGCGGCGCUAGCGGGGCGCCGGCCGGUGCUGAUGAUGAGGAUGAUUAUGAGGGAGGGCUGUGUUAGCCUUCAGCCUCCAGAGUGCCGACUCUACCCAUCUGCUGCUCCACCACUGCACCCUCUGUGUACGAGUUAAAAACCUUGACAAACACCUUCAGCUCUGACGCCCAGAUGUGUGGCUGUUUAAUCCUUAUUGUGCAAGAAAUCAUAAAAAAAAGCUCUUAAAAAAAAAACCAAAAAAAAAAAACCACAGUUAGAGUCGGUGUUGCAGAGGAGUCGCCCCGAGUUCAAGCAGCCUUUUUAAUUGUGUUUCUUUGAGGUGGAACCUCGGUGUAAUGAAAUAUCUUCAAUGUCCAAUAAUGUAUGAAAGCCUGUUGUAUGUAAAUGUUCGAUUAUUUCUCGUCUCUGUGAAGCUGUAAAUUUUGCUCUUAUUGUGUGUAAUAGCGUCGUAAGAUUGCUAUAGGCAUAUUAAAAUCAGAAAUACUCUAUAUGUAUGGAAUGAGUUGAUCGGUGUAUAGGUGUUUAUUUGUACAGAGUUAAAUUAUUCAGUAUUCAUGGCUGCAGCCUGUUGAAAAUGUUACUGGAACAAUAUGCAAUCAGUUUGUUAAUGCAUGUUUGGAAUAAUGCAAAGGUAAAUCAAAGAUUUCUGAAUAUUAAUGCCUAGAAAUGAUUGACACUAUUAUCUUCAUUAUUCAAGUUGAGAAAAUGUCAGGAGCAGCACAGCUCCUGAUGCUGCAGCUUUUAGACAACUGUAGACUGUUUUUUUCAAGGUGUGUGUGUGUGUGUGUGUGU